AUGUUCUUCAAUGACUACGAAGGUGCAAUGGAGCUGUUUGAGAAGGCGGCUUCUCGAUUCAAGGUCGACAAGGACUACAACCGGGCCGGUGAGGCGUAUGUGCGUGCCGGCGAUUGCGCGGUGAAGUGCAAGGACGAAGCUGCCGCCUCGCAGGCGUACAUCAACGCUGUCAACGCCUACAGAAAGACGGACCUCAAGAGGGCUGCGCAGCUGCUGGACACAGCCAUCCGCGCGCAGAUCGACAGCAACCGGCUGAGUGGUGCUGCCCGUCUCGAAAAGGAAUUCGCAGAUGCCUUGUACGAGGCGGGCCAGACGAUGGAGGCUGUCCCGCACUACGAGAAGGCCGUGCAGUACUUUGCCGCGGAGGAUAUGAAGCUGCAGGCACAGAGCUGUACCGUUGCUAUGGCAAAAAUCUAUGGCGAAAACGACGAGUUUGAUAAAGCCUUGACCCUGUACGAGCGACUCGGCAACAUGACCACGGAGGGCCCAUUGCGCCACGAUGCAAAGGAGUACUUUAUGCGGGCAAUGCUUUGCCGCCUCGCCACUGUGAGGGACGACAACCGCUACGAGAAGUCGGCCGAAGCCGCAGAAGCGCUGAGCACCUACAUGACGCGUGAUAUAUACUUGAAAAACACGCGGGAGGCGGAAUUCCUGCAGAUGUGUACUGAAGCGGUGGAGGGGUCUGACAUUGAGAAGUUUGAGACGGCAGUUUCUCUCCUGCAGGAGAUUCGUAAGCUGGAUGAUUGGAAGACACACGUGCUGCUGGUUGUCAAGCGAAAUAUGGAGAGCAUAUUGUGA